AUGGACGAUCCGCUCAUGUGGGGGUUUCUUCCAUUGCGAUAUAACUUCGGGCUACAGAAUUGGACCAAGCGCUGGGGAUUUGGAAGUCACGACAUCUGCUACCAGACUCGACCGCUGGCCUUGUUCUUCACCAUGGGCCAGGUCCUCCCUACGCAUCGACUCGCGCACUCGCCCUACGGUGGAAUCGCACAGCCCGCCGUCACGCAGGCUAUCCGAUUGCUAUCCAAGGGCCCCUUCCCCGUCGAACCGCACCCUGCGAGACCCGAACGCCAGCAUUGGAGCAUCCAGAAUGUCUGCGUCGAUCCGUUUUCCGAUCUUCCCACGGCCUACACCACGGAUGGGCAUGACUCCCACCUAGCGCCAUCCGCCUACGCCUGCAACUCAUACUCCUGGUUCCAUAUCUUCCCCGAGGGGAAGAUUCACCAGGCGCCCCACAAGACGAUGCGUUAUUUCAAAUGGGGCGUGGCCCGACUCAUCCUGGAGGCUACCGAAUGCCCCGAUGUCGUGCCGAUCUGGCUAGAGGGGUUCGAUCAGAUCAUGCACGAAAGUCGCGAGUUCCCGCGAUUUCUCCCGCGGCCAGGAAAGGAAGUCAGCGUGACGUUUGGCGAGAAGGUUGACAUUGAAGCCAUUUUUGGCGAAUCGAGGAAGCGAUGGCAGGAACUGAAGGCGAAGGCCGAGUUGGCCGCGCCCGAAACCCGUGAUCAACCGGUCGGGGUGUUGAGCGACGAGCUGCUGUACGGGAGAGAGGCGGUGGAACUGCGCAAGGAGGUCACGAAGAAAGUGCGAGAUCUCGUGUUGGACGUGCGGCGGUCUCGAGGACUGACCGAUGAGGAUCCCAAGGAAGGCCUGGUGGAAACUUGGAUCCAGGAAGGCCCCAAGCGGGAAGGCAAGAUGCAGGACGAUUCGUGGCAUCACAACCACUCCUUUGCAAAACCCGCCAGCAGCGCUCACCAUACGCUCGCCUCGUCCGGCCCACGAGGUAGCCACAAUGACCGCUUCCGACCGUCGCAGGCGUCAUCCGGCGCCGAGUCCUCCGUCAACGAUCUGAUCAGCCAUCUUCGGCGCACCCAAGUGACCCGACCGGCCGGUGAAGAUGGUCCCAGAACGCGAUUCGGGCAUAUCGCCUCUCGAUCAGUGCACCCGUCCUUACGAAGCGUCCUAGAGCUGCCAGAGCCCCCUCCGCCUCGACCUCGCCCGGGCACUCGCCGCGCUGGAGUCGGCGGGCGACCGCUGAGAAGACUGGCGGGGCCCCCACCCCCGGAGAGCUGGAUUCUGGGGAACUCUGCGGGAGAUAAUGAUGAAGAGGACGAGAUGGCGACCUCGGAGAGCUCACAAACGGAAAGGAUCAUCUACCGUCUGGAUCGCCUGCCAGGAACAACCAUUCCUGAAAAGGGUACGCUCCUGCAUACGGUGCUCAAAUCCAUGGCCUCCCACUGGGCGUGGCAUAUACAAUAUGACGGACAAUUCUUGGAUACCUUGCCCAGCCAUAUUAAGAUGCUACUCCUGAGUUACGUGGGCAUUUAUGCGCGAGACCAAUCGAUCGCAGGGAUAGUGCAUGGUCUGCGACCUUUGUUUGAGAAAGAACCGUUGGAUAAUCGGGACGAAGAGGACGAAAUGGAUCGACUUCGGCAGGAAUCCGAGGUUGUACGACUUGAUUUGAGCUGCGCGAUCGGCCGAUGGAUAAGCAUUCAUCGACUUUCUCAUGAGCUGGUGGUGUCGCGAAGGUCAGGUCCUGAACAGCACAAAAAGGAGCCCGUUCCGUCUUCAUGGGAUGCGGAGUCUGACGAGGACAGUGGCGAGUUCACCCGCGACGAUCGUGGUGCGACUCUCCCCCCGGCACCCAGUCUAGGUCUCCGCUUUCAGAAUCUGCGCUAUCUUUCUCUGGCACAUCCGACUCCAGCAGCUGCGAAUUGGAACUCACUCAUCAAUCUCUUAUCGCGUCUGUCGACACUCACUCAUCUAUCCUUGGCCCACUGGCCGCUCCCAACCGUUACGCCGAACGCCAUUGCCCCAACCUCCAGGGUGUGGUCACUCUCAUACAGUACACCCAGGGGUGCAACCUUCCAGUUGGAUAACGACUGGGCCGAAGCUGCGGGGAUUCUUCGGAGACUCGCACGCGCAACGUACUGUCUCAAAUGGCUCGACCUCGAAGGUUGUGGGGAGUGGCUCGGCGCUCUGAGCUGUGAUAGUGUCGGGCCAAACGGCGAAACGCAUACUGCAGGGCCAGAGUGGAACGGUUCGUGGCGCAAUAUUGAACAGGUUAGAAUUGGGCCUGGCUGGCUUCCGCCUAUUGAUGAUAGCGAGCUGCUUCCAGCCUCUGGCCUGGCGGGAUAUUCUUCCUCUCGAUCUCUGGCUACAUCCAUUCACUCUCCGAUCCGAGAUGGUUCCGAAGACACCGACCUGCCAUGGGACGUCGAACUGGAGCGGAUCAAAUAUCGACGGAGUAAAGAAAUGGAACAGUUUAGGGAGACCCUGCAGACUGCCAAGGAGGUCCAGCAACGCGUGCAUCGAGUUCGGAGAGAGGGUAAGGGCAAAUGGGUGCAGUUCUCUUACGGGCUGGAAGGGCUCGACGAGAGCGUUCUCAAAAAGCUUAUUGGCGCCGUUUUCGUACAAUUUCUUCCUUGA